AUGGUCAUCGAUUCUGGAAAAGACUCGGUCACUUAUGAUGUCGCGGCUCCUACGGAAGAAGAGCCCAAGACCCGGCAGAUGCCCGUUACCUUGCUCUCGGGUUUCCUGGGAAGUGGCAAGACAACACUCCUCAAACACAUCCUCAAGUCCCCUGACCAUGGGUUACGAAUUGCUGUCAUAGUCAACGAUAUGAGUCAACUGAACAUUGAUGCUACCCUCAUCCAAAACCACAAAGUCUCGCAGACUACUGAGAAGCUUAUUCGCCUGCAAAACGGAUGUAUCUGCUGCACUCUUCGUGGAGACUUGUUGUCGGAGCUGGCUGCUCUGACCAAGCGAAAUGAGGUUGACUAUGUCAUCAUUGAAUCGACUGGCAUAAGCGAGCCUAUGCAAGUGGCCGAGACUUUCACAUCUGAGUUUAGCUCGGCCAUGCUGGAAGCGGAAGAUCAGAUUUCAAGUGAUGAUCCCGACGCCAAGAAGAUCCUGAACGAAAUUGUGGAAUUAGGUGGCUUGCACACAAUGGCUCGGUUGGACACGACUGUUACUGUCAUCGAUGCGUUUAACUUGCUCUCCAGUUUCGAUACAGCAGAGUUCCUCUCCGACCGCUAUGGAAGAGAAGAGAUCAUCCCUGAGGAUGAACGUACGAUAUCUGAUCUCAUGGUGGAUCAGAUUGAGUUCGCCGAUGUGUUGAUUCUCAACAAGGUCGAGACAGUUGACCAAGCAACACGUGAGAAGCUUUUGCAUUUGUUGAAGCUAUUGAACCCAGCCGCAAAGAUUCUCGAGUCAAAUUACUCUCAAAUAGACGUUCGGGAAAUCAUCAACACAAACAAGUUUGAUUUUAUUCGUGCCGCUUCUGGUCCUGGAUGGCUGCGAAGUCUGCACGAAAUGACGAUACAGUCGACAGGUAACGGUGACCGGCUGGCACCGAAGCCAGAGACCUUGGAGUACGGUAUCAACAACUUCGUCUAUACAGCUCGUCGACCCUUCCACUCGCGCCGCCUCUUUGCUCUUCUUCACGACAAGUUCAUCAUUCUCCAGAACAAUGAAGUCGAAGAAGAAGAAGGCGACGAGGAAGAAGAGGGAGAGGAGGAAGAGGAGGGAGAAGAGCAAGAAGAGGAUGAUGCAAUGGAUACAGACUCCGAGUCCGGGUCAGUGGAAGACUUUGAACAGCCUGACCCAGCGGUCAUUCUGAACAACAAACGUACCAACCCGGCAUUUGGUCCAGUUCUCCGCUCCAAGGGCUUCUUCUGGCUUGUGACCCGGCCCUGGCAAUUUGGUGAAUGGAGUCAAGCAGGUGGCAUGAUGACUCUUGGAUGCGGUGGACCUUGGUUUGCUGAACUGCCCGAUGAAGAUUGGCCAGAAGACAAGGAUGUUCGGGAAUCUAUCCUAAAUGAUUUCCAAGGUCCCUGGGGCGACCGUCGCCAAGAGCUAGUGUUUAUCGGGGAAGGCAUUGACACUGCCAAGAUCAGUGCUUUGUUGGAUGAGUGUCUCCUAGAUGAUAAAGAUAUGAAGAAGUGGGAGAAGGUGAUGAAGAGCAAGAAAAUGAGCAGAGAGGAGAAGACAGAAAAGUUAGCGAAGAUAUGGGAAGAUGGUUGGGAAGAGUGGCCUGGACUUGAGGUCGAGGAAGAAGAAGAAGAAGAAGAUGAAGAAGAGAAAGAAGAGGAGCAAAAGCAAGCGAAGCACCGAAUCAGUGAUUAUUUGGGUCAUCAGCAUGGAGGUAAACAUGCUGCUCAUGGACACAGCCACCGGAAGGUCCCUGUAUGA